AUGGCGUCUGACGAUCAGCAAUCCAGCAUGCUGGAAGCUCUACAGGAGAUUCAGCGCACGCAGGCUCUUCUAGUGAACGCGGUCGAAUCGCUUUCUGGUAGAUCGAUCGAAGAAUCAGGUGGAGAUGCUGGCAAGAACGCCAUCCUUGAGCCAGGUUCUCGUGAAGAUGACAAUGAGGGUGAAACGCCUUCGGUAGAAGUUCCUGCUGCCUCUGGAGACAAAUUGAAAGCUCCUGCGCUUCCCUCACCCGACCAGCGCCAGCAGCAAGGAUUCACAUCGCGUAUUAUUCUGACGACUUACCCCAAGCAGAUUGGAAUUAAUCCUUUGCCCAUGGACUGGGGGAAUCAAGACCCCGUUAAGCGUGGCCCUAUCGUAGUUUCAAGGGCUGCUUCUACUAUUCGACGUCGUAAUGCCGUUGGAGCCCAUGGUGGUUCGUACUCGAUCUACUAUGCCCUCGCCGUCGCCAGCAACGAAUUGAACGCCGACCACCGUCCCGACUUCACCAACACCGAGCCGGCCGCGAACAUUGGCCCUUUCCCUCAAUGGGGAGACCCCAAGAAGAUUGUUGCCAUGGACCCCUGGGGACAUCUCGCUCCUUGGCUGUUCAAGGACACCAUCGAGAAGGACAACGUCGAUAUUCGACCAACCAUUGCUAUCACCAAGGCUCAUAUGAAGCUUCCUGAACUUGCCGAGAGUGUCAAGGCCGGCAGACUGGUACCCGAUGGCAAGGUUUGCCUGAAUGAUCAGGGUGAACUGGCUGUCACCAAGUUUGCCGUUGAACCAGUCUGGUACCUCCCCGGUGUGGCAGAGCGAUUCGGAAUCGACGAGGCCACCCUACGACGUUCCCUGUUUGAGCACACAGGAGGAAGCUACCCGGAGCUUAUCACCCGCGGAGACAUCAAAGUAUUCCUUCCUCCGAUUGGCGGUCUCACUGUGUACUGCUUCGGAGAUCCAGCCAAGAUGUCGGAUGAAUCGGUUCGACUGUCUCUGCGAAUCCACGACGAGUGCAACGGUAGCGACGUGUUCGGAUCUGAUAUCUGCACUUGCCGUCCUUACUUGAUCUUUGGUAUCGAGGAAGCCGUCAAAGAGGCUCAGAAUGGUGGCAGUGGUGUUGUCAUCUACUUCAGAAAGGAAGGCCGUGCGUUGGGAGAGGUCACUAAGUAUUUGGUCUACAACGCCCGUAAACGCGGAGCCGAUCGCGCAUCAGACUAUUUCAAGAGGACCGAGAACAUUGCAGGUGUCAAGGACAUGCGAUUCCAGGCUCUCAUGCCGGAUAUCCUGCACUGGCUGGGCAUCAAGAAGAUUGACAGGAUGCUUAGCAUGAGCAACAUGAAGCAUGAUGCGAUUGUCGGACAAGGAAUUCCUAUCCAUGAGAGGGUCGAGCUUCCAGAAGAACUGAUACCCGCUGACUCGCGAGUCGAAAUUGACGCCAAGAUUACAGCUGGCUAUUUCACCACUGGUAAACGUAUGACUACCGAAGAGCUCCAGGCAGUCCAGGGAAGAAUAUGGGAAGACUUCGAUCAUUAA